CUGCUUUGCACAAAAAUGUCUUUCAUGGACUGACUCUGAAAUGCUCCAAACGGACAUUCGGUACACGAAACUGCGAUGGCUUCUGACUGUCUUAGGGCUUUUACUAUACUUCGUAGAUAUCUGGACAGACGUGGGACUGUCUCUGAAGUACCUUCUGGAUGAACAAUACAUAUGCUCGGCAUUGACGUUCUCCUUCGUCCUGUUCGGGCUGCUGGUCACUCAAAUUUUUAGCCAUGCCUGGUAUGAGGACGACAUCAAAGAUGCAGUGGUCAACCCCCGAGGGGAAGCCGCAGUAUGGGGAAUUUCCAGCCGAAGGCUUAUGGUCAUCCACGUGUGUGGUGUGGGAAUUUUCACCAGGUACUACCACCUACUCAAAAAUAGCUUUGGAGUGGUCUGGAUCUCGAAUGAUUCCCUCGAUAAGGCCGAGAGAAGAGAAGUGCACUACCGCCUGUUUUGCCACGCCACCGACCUGAGUAUGCUCAAACUCUUCGAGGCGUUCUUGGAGAGCGCACCCCAACUUCUCCUGCAGAUCUACAUCAUACAGGACCACGGCGAGGCUUCGCUUGUGCAGUAUUUUUCUAUGAUCUUCUCCUUUUUCAACAUCAGCUGGGCCCUGGUGGACUACCGCCGCUGCCUCCGCCGGUCACUCCCACACAUCCAGGAGAUGCCCUCUGGCCUACCCACCGCCAUUUACCUCCUCUACAAACUCUGCACCAUAGGCAGCCACAUCCUCAGCUACAGUCUCCUUCUGGUACUCAACCCUUACUGUGUGAUAGCCUUAGUGGCUUUUUUGUGGCUGCUGGGGACUUUGUGGUCACACGUACUCGGUACCCACUUCUGCACCACCAGAAGACACGAGAUAGUCUACCGCAUCGUGGUUGGGUUCAUACUCACAAACACCUUUUUUAACGUUAAAGGAAAGGACACCAAAAGAGACAUGGCUGUGUAUUAUAUCGUCUACUCGUUCAUUAACAUGACGUCGCCAUUGCUUUUGGGUUUUCUAAAACCUGAAGUGCAGAAAGAAAUGUUCUUCCUGGUGAUCAGCGGGUUCAUUAUCGGCGGCACCGUGCUAGGGAUGGUCUUCCUUUUGUCUUACUACGGGUACAUGCACCCGAGGGAGAAGAAACGCGAAGCUGACGAGGUAGAUGGAAUUGGAAAUAAUAUCGUGAAAACAAGCAGGAUGAGCAAGUUUCUGCAGCCUUGACAGAUGUAUCGUGAAGACAGCGGACAUGCUACGUCAAGGACGGGUUGACGCAGACCUGGCUCCAGUCCAGAAUGAGGGCGGACAUGCUUGAAGUAAAAAUGAAUGCACAACAAAUACAGUGAGUAUAAAAUGGAAUGGGUGACAUUUCACAACUUUUGCUAUAGCGGGUCUAAGAAGGCCAUUUCACAACCUUGACUGAUAUUCUUGAACGGAAAAGACUCCGUCAAGACAGCGGACAUGUCUCAAAGAUGGCCAGUGUUCUGUCAAAUUUUGCACGCCAUCAGAAAUUGCAACUUUGCAGUUUUGCGCAUGCGCGUAAUGUUAACAAUGGCCGCGAAUGUAGCAGUUUCAAAGUAAACACUACAAACAGUCUUUACAGAAAGGAAUUUUUACUUACGUUUGAUCAUGGACGCACAUGUACAGUGGUAUGAAAAAGUAUCUGCACCUUUUGGAAUUUCUCACAUUUCUGCAUAAAAUCACCAUCAAAUGUGAUCUUAUCUUUGUCAAAAUCACACAGAUGAAAAAACAGUGUCUGCUUUAACUAAAACCCCCCAAACAUUUAUAGGUUUUCAUAUUUUAAUGAGGAUAGCACACAAACAAUGACAGAAGGGAGGAAAAAUAAGUAAGUUAACCCUGUGCCUAAGGAGACAUAAGAGCAAUUGAAACCUAUUUUUACCAAACAAUUUAUGUCAGGUGUGUGCCUAAUCACUAAUGAGUGGUUUAAAGCUGCCCUGCCCACUAUAAAACUCACACCUGCUAAGAAUUGUCUUGAUGAGAAGAUUUGUCUGAUGUGCAUCUUGGCUCGGUCAAAAGAGCUGUCUAAAGACCGGCGAUCAAGGAUUACUGAUUUGUAUAAAGCUGGGAAAGGAUACAAAACCAUCUCUAAAAGUCGGGAUGUCCAUCAAUCAACAGUCAGAGAAGUUGUCUACAAAUGGAGUUUGGCACUGUUGCUUCUCUCUUAAGGAGUGGCCGUCCACCAAAGAUGACGCCAAGAGUUCAGCGCAGAAUACUCAGAGAGGUAAAAAGAACCCUAGAGUGUCUGCUAAAGACUUACAGAAAUCACUGGCACAGUCCAAUAUCUCUGUGCACACAUCAACCAUCUGUACAACUAUGGCCAAGGAUGGUGUUCAUGGGAGGACUCCACAAAGGAAGCCACUGCUGUCUAAAUAAACAUUGUUGCUCGUUUAAUGUUCGCAAAAAGGAAGUUGGACACUGCACAGAAGUUUUUCCUCCAUAUGAAAAGCUCACCAACAUCAGCACAUCAUCCCCACUGUGAAGCAUGGUGGAGGGAGUAUCAUGAUUUGGGGCUGUUUUGCUACCUCAGGGCCUGGACAACUUGCAAUCAUUAAUGUAAGAAUGAAUUCAAAUAUUUAUCAGGAUGUUUCGCAGGAAAACCAUCUGUCAAACAGUUGAAACUAAAAUGAGGGGUGGAUGCUGGAACAAGAAAAUGAUCCAAAACUCAGAAGUAAAUAAACUCCAGAAUGGUUUCAGAAGAACAAAAUACACAUUCUGGGGUGGCCAAGUCAAAGUCCAGACUCGAACCCCAUUAAGAUGCUGUGGCAUGACCUAAAGACAACGAUUCAUGCUAGAAAUCCCGGGAAUCGAACUGAACUACAGCAGUUCUGUGGAGAAGAAUGGGCCAAGAUUAGUCCUGAUUGAUGUGCCAGACUGAUCUGCAGCUACAGGAAGCGUC